AUGACGGAGUGGUGGGUCCAGGUGGGGCUGUUGGCUGUGCCCCUGCUUGCAGCCUAUCUGCACAUCCCCCUGCCCCCCCAGCUUUCCCCUGCUCUUCACUCAUGGAAGUCAUCAGGAAAAUUUAUUUUUACCUACAAGAGACUGUGUAUCUUCUACCAAGACUCUGUGGGUGUGGUUGGAAGUCCAGAGAUAGUUGUGUUUUUACAUGGCUUUCCAACGUCCAGCUAUGACUGGUAGAAGAUUUGCGAAGGUCUGACCCUCAGGCUUCAUCGAGUGAUUUCCCUUGAUUUCCUAGGCUUUGGCUUCAGUGACAAACCGAGACCACAUCACUAUUCCAUAUUCGAGCAGGCCAGCAUCGUGGAAGCUCUUUUGCGGCAUCUGGGGCUCCAGAACCGUAGGAUCAAACUGUUGUCUCAUGACUAUGGGGAUAUUGUUGCUCAGGAGCUGCUCUAUAGGUUCAAGCAGAAUCGAUCUGGUCAGCUUACCAUCAAGAGUCUCUGUCUGUCGAAUGGAGGCAUAUUUCCUGAGACUCACCAUCCUCUCCUUCUCCAAAAGCUUCUCAAAGAUGGAGACAUGCUGUCACCCAUCCUCACGCGACUGAUGAACUUCUUCGUAUACUCUCAAGGUCUCACCCCGGUCUUUGGGCCAUACACCCAACCCUCUGAGAGUGAACUGUGGGAUAUGUGGGCAGGGGUACGCAACAAUGACGGGAACUUGGUUAUUGACAGUCUCUUGCAGUACAUCAAUCAAAGGAAAAAGUUUAGAAGAUGCUGGGUGGGAGCUCUUGCCUCUGUAUCUAUUCCCAUUCAUUUUAUCUAUGGGCCACUGGAUCCAGUGAAUCCCUAUCCAGAGUUUUUGGAGCUGUACAGGAAAACGCUGCCGUGGUCCACAGUGUUGAUUCUGGAUGACCACAUUAGCCACUAUCCACAGCUAGAGGAUCACAUGGGCUUCUUGAAAGCAUAUAUGGGCUUCAUCAACUCCUUUUGAGCUGGAAAGAAUAGCUUCCCUGUAUUA